CAAACCGACAGACGCAACUUUUCUUUUCCAAUGAGCGCCGGUGGAGAGCGGACCGGUCUGGCAGUAGACGCAAUUAGGGCGCAGGGAGGCUGCAGGAGCGAUCAUCUCUAAUGGUUGGACUGAUCAUUAAGGCUGGACUGCUCAUUAAGGCUGGACCUCGACUCGUUUUCCCACCUCACACAGAGCUGGCAGUGUAAUAAUUUAUUAUUAUUAUUUUAUGCCUACGAAAAAACUGAGGAACCUUCUUCAACAAUUUCUGGACCCCUGUGUGACUAAUGCAGAGAUGGGAACUUUCUGUUCCAGGUGAAGAUGUGCUCCUGUUUCCAAAGAAGAUUUGCCCCGUUCAAACUUUCACCUUCGUACAAACAGGUUAGUUGAGGAAGAGAUCACGGGCGUCAUGCACCAAAAGGCGUCACCUUUUUCUACCUAAUUUGUUGGAUUUCAGGUUUAACACAUUACAUCUUGUUAAUAAGAGUGUGUGCUAAGAGAUGGGGGACUCGAACAUCAGCCUCAGGGUAGCAGCGUCUACAGAGAUGGAGGCGAGUAUCCCAGAAGGCAAGCUAGAUCAAUAUAUGGACAGCUAUGACAUGGACUACGGCGUCCCUCCUGAUGAGAUCCCAGACACCACGCAGGGUCAGGCCUUCUUUGUGGCCACCAUUGUUAUCGGUGUGGUCCUUGUCUGCAUCAUGCUCGUUUGUGGGCUGGGGAACUUCAUAUUCAUCGCCACGCUGACACGCUACAAAAAGCUCCGCAAUCUCACCAACCUGCUCAUUGCCAACCUGGCUAUCUCAGACUUCAUUGUGGCGGUGGUGUGCUGCCCAUUUCUGGUGGACUACUAUGUGAUGAAACAGCUUUCCUGGGAUCAUGGAUUGGUGCUGUGCGCCUCUGUGAACUAUCUCCGCACUGUGUCACUCUACGUGUCAACUAACGCUUUGCUUGCCAUCGCAGUUGACAGGUACAUGGCCAUAGUCCAUCCUCUGAGGCCUCGUAUGAAGUACCAAACUGCUUACUGCCUGAUAACAGGGGUCUGGAUUGUUCCCAUUCUGAUAUCAAUCCCCUCUGCAUACUUUGCUUCUGAGACCACGUACCCUCACAGCGGCACUACCCCAACCACUCACAAAGUCUUUUGUGCUCAGAUCUGGCCUGUGGACCAGCAAGCCUAUUACCGUUCUUACUUCCUGUUUGUUUUUGCCGUGGAGUUUGUCGGGCCUGUGAUCGUCAUGGCGAUGUGCUACGCCCGAAUUUCCAGCGAACUCUGGUUCAAAAACGUCCCAGGCUUCCAGACGGAGCAGAUACGGAAGAGGUUGCGUUGUCGCCGCAAGACGGUGAUGGUCCUGAUCGGGAUCCUGACGGCGUACAUCCUGUGCUGGGCCCCCUACUACGGCUUCACCAUCCUUCGAGACUUCCAUCCUACGCUCAUCUCCCGCCAGAAGAACUCACUGGUGGCCUUCUACAUCAUAGAGUGCAUUGCCAUGAGCAACAGCAUGAUCAAUACCUUCUGCUUUGUCAGUGUAAAGAACAACACAGUUAAGUACCUGAAGAAGAUUGUUUUGCUGCGCUGGAGGUCAACCUAUGCCCCCAGUAAGACUGUGGAGGAGAUGGAUAUGAGGACCUCCACCAUGCAUGUAACAGAGGAGAUUGAAUGUGUGCACCUGAGGUGAAGAGUUGUUAAGAUUUGGACUUUUCAGCCGACAGCGGGGGUCAUUAAACAUUUCAGACCUUCUCGUGAGCAGUGGGAACAGUAUCCCUGUUCUUAUUAUUAUGAGCAUGUAAUUGUUGUGCCAUUCAUACAUUGGUUACAAACAUUACAUUGUAAAAUAAUGUGUCUGUACAGCAGAUUACAUGUCAGGUUUGUGGACAUAUGCUAUUAAUCCAUCAGUAAAAAAAACAACUUUAUAUUGCUUGUAUCUGUUUGUUUCCGCAAGAUCAAAUACCUCGGGAUACCAACAUAAAAGUGUUUCAUACCCCAAUACUAACUUAGUAAUGAAUAGGUUUCUUUCAAGAAAAGGGGAUCCCAACAAAGAUAAACCCCCACUGCAUUAUGAUUGUAACAAAAAAGACAUGUUUUUGUGUUUAACUGUGAAAAUAAUUGAUAUAUUGCAUGCCUUGUUUGUGGUCAAAUACCUUUUAUGUGUGCUGAUGGAAAUAAACAAUGUGACAGUGGCAACAAAGGCCGUUUUAUUCAC